AAAAGCGACCCAACAACUCUCCCCAUCUAUCUUUCUCUUUCCGUGUUAAAUCAGAUUAUUACAGCUUCAGAAACAAUCCAGGGUUUUCCCCUCGUUAAUCGCCAAUAAUUAAUCAUACACACCGCCAUAGAGAAGCGAAUCGAGACGUUGAUGAUAUGAUAUGCAGAUUGCUAGGUCAUGAAAUUGCGCUACUCUGUAGAUCGGUGCUUAGAUUUCUUGACAGAUCGGUGUGCAGAGCCAUGGGCUGUUUCGUUGGUUGCUUUCGUGUCAGAGACGAUCGCUCUCGAACUCACCUCGUUUCUCGCUCUACUCGCUCGAACAAGUCCACAGAAGUUGUGGUAUCCAGAAAUCGUUUAUCCUCUUUGUUUUUAUCCGAAGAGAACGAAGAAUCUUUAAGCACCGAUAAGGGUACUAUUUGUUUGGAUUCUGUACAGAUUGACAAGGGCCUUAAGGAUGAGGCCAAAUUUCUUAAAGCUUGUGGCACAAUACCAGAGACUCCUAUUGAAAUUCGGAAAGCAUUUGACAAGUUAAAAAUUUCCCCUACUUGUGACACAGACUCAGAAAUUUCAGUAUCCCAUUCAAAUAUUCACAAUCGAUCCACAAAAAAAUUUGACACAGAUGCACAUCUGGUUCAGCCGAUUACUCCUAUCAAACUUGGUGAAGAACGGGGAAGGGAAUCACUUUCUUCUGAGCAUUCUCCUCACAGUUGUAUAUCCAGUGUCCAGAACUCAGGAAUCAGCUCUGGGGAAGGAAGUGAGAAAGGAAGUGUUGAUGCAAAGUUGAGGGAUCAAACUAAUAAAAAUGUUGACUUCACACCUCCAGCUGCAAAUGUUCAGGGCAAGAAUCGAUCUGUCCGGUUUGAAUGUGAUUCUGAUGUUUCUUUUUUUAAAGAUUCAUCUGAAUAUGUUAAGCAAAGUACAAAGAAAACUGAAUCACCUGGUAUAUCAAAGUCACCCAAUUUAACUCCGUUAAAGCUAUCUGAUGAGAUGCAGACACCUGGAACUAUUUUCCCCACUAGCUUGGAAGCAUUAGGGAAUGGGAAGACUCGAAUCAGGUCCCAGUAUGUGUAUUCAGUGAUGAACCCAAUUGAAAAUAUGUCUCAGUUGAAAGUACUGAAGGAAGAAGAUUCUCAUUCCAUCCAGAUAGUAGGUGACCUUCAACAUCCUACUGAGAAAACAGAAGGUAAAACUCCAGGGUCAGAAGUAGUGGUAAAAGAAAUUACAGCUACGAACGAAUUGAAGGUGGAAGCUAGCUUGUCAUCGUGGCUGAAGCCACAGCCUUCUGCUUGUGAUGAUCAGAAUCAAAAUAUAGGGGCUAUAUCCAGCAGGGUUCCUCCUUUUGGCAGAACUCCCGGUGACAGGCCAAUUAUUGGAAUGGUCGCUGCACACUGGAAAGAUGAUGAAUCUUCUCACGUCGCACAUAAGUGGUGGGAUGGGAAUGGAAUCCCAAACUCAACCAAUAAAUACAAAGAGGAUCAGAAAGUGAGUUGGCAUGCAACACCGUUUGAGGAGAGGUUAGAGAAGGCACUCUCUGAUGAGAGUUUAAUCACUCAAAGGAAGCACAUCAGCCAUACUCCAGUUGCUUUUGAUGCUGAAGAAUGUGACACUGCUUCAUCACAACUGCGACCUUCAACGAACUCUAAGUCUGUAGUUUCAUUCUGAUGGCAUGCUGGUGAGUUCCCUUUUUGUUCAGGUGCAGGUAUUCACAAAUAUGUCUAUCGUACCAAGCCUUUCUGGGUAUUUGAUGUGUCAAUGUAAUUGAGUUAGAACUCACAUUUUAAGUUGACAUCAUGAGAGUAUGAUAGUCGGUUUGCCUUGAGCGGUACUGUUGAGUUCUUUGUGCUGUACGCGGAAGACAUUGUUAUGUCAGUCAGUAAAAUCAGGUGAGGAAGAAGCUACUUGUAAUUGAUGCACAUAUAUUUCUACAGGUUUGGGUUUUUA